AUGAACAUGAUCAUGCUCAUCGUGCAGCAACAACACGAGCACCAUCACCAGUUAGAGAAAUUGUUAAAAAUUCUGUUGCAGCUGGUCUUUCUUGCAUUCAAACACGUCGAGCUAUUGAACAUCAAUAUCAAGGUGGUGUUUCACGUUCACAAUUAUGUAGUUUAUUGAAUUAUCAUCGAUCACUAGCAGUACCUGAUAUACACUUUGUCGAUGAUUUUCGAUCGUGGUGUCACCAACAUUCAGCAUUAGCUGUUGGUCCAACAGCAAUACAUGAGCCUUUUGUUGCUAAAUUUUAUAUUAAUUCAUGUAAUGAUAUAUUUGUAUUUAUAACAACACGUAAAUUAAUAUCUACUGCUCCAUUAUCUGGCAUGUUACAGGUUGAUGCAACAUUUAAAUUAAAUUGGAACGAAUUACCAGUUUUAGUCUUUGGAAGCAGUGAUGGUAAUCGUCGUUUUUUUCCAUACGGUAUUGCAGUUAUUGGAACUGAUGAAGCAGCAAGUUCGUAUAUCACCUUGUUUCAAACAGUAAAAGAAUGUGUAUUUAAUGUUACAGGCCUUCAAUACAAUGUCCAAUAUUUAAUGGCUGAUGGUGGUAAAGGUAUUACAACUGCACAACAAUUUGAACUGCCGAACUGUAGAAGAUUGAUGUGCUGGUCCCACGCCAUCCGAAAAAUACGUCAACAUCGAAAAAUGAUUCCAGUUGAAAAAUGGCGUGGGAUAGAACGUGAUAUUUCAACAUUACAAUUAUCAUUCAAUGAUAAUAUUUUUCAAAAAGGAUCAUCAUUAUUAUUAACAAAAUGGAAAUCUGAUCCAGAGUUAUUUAUGUUUGCAAAUUAUUUUGAACAAACAUGGUUAUUAGAUUUAAAAUUCUGGUAUGAAGGUGCGGCUAUUGGAUAUCCAUUAACAAACAAUGGUCUUGAAUCUCUUAAUAAUCGGAUUAAACAACAAUAUACAUUACGUAACAAGUUACCUUUACCAAAAUUUAUUAGUACUAUGGAUACUAUGCUUCGUGAAUGGUCAAGAAAAACAGCUGAAGAUGAAUUUCAAACAUAUCCAAAAAUUAGUGUUGAAAUAGAAAAACAAGCAUGGAAAUGGUUGAAAGAUCUUAAUAAAAAUUCUAUAUUUCAUUGGCAUAGUUAUUCGUAUAUUGUUCCAUCUACAAGCAACAAAGAUUAUAGUUCAUCUUUAUGGUUACAAGAAUAUGCAACAUUUCCAUGGAAAAAAUUUGAAGAUUUUUCAAAAUGGUUCUACGCUGGUCGACUUGUUACAUUACCAAUGAUGUGCAGUUGCAAAACAAAUUUAAAAACAUAUGUAUGCAAACAUGCAGUUGGUAUUUCAAUUCAUUUUGGUUUAUAUAUUAUAUCUGAUCCAAAUAAAUUAGAAAGUUUAGGAAAACGACGUGGACGACCAAAAAAAGCAGGACCAGCUUUAUUUCGUUAA